AUGCAGCUGCCGUUGGACGUCCACCGCCAAGAGGUUGUUGGGCUGCCUUGCCUCUUCACAACACUGCCCUCGUUCACUCCCUCGGAGGAGAUUCUGCGGACAACGCUGUUGGAAGUCCUGGGCGAGGUGCAGGUGAAGGAUGUUGAGCUUGAGUGCACCGCGCUGCGCCCAAUCAGCAUCUUCGACUUUGCGCCAUCUGUACUGGAAGAUCGAGACUCCGUGGCCUUUGCUUUCAAGGUGUCCGCUUGCGAUCCCAACGACCUUGAGCCCCUGCGCGAGACGCUGCUCCUCGAGGCAGAGUCCGGCGGAGCACGCCACCUGUUGCCACUCCUUGUGCAGAAGCUCUGCGAUGACGACCUUCCAAUCCCGCACCUGAAGGUGCGCAUGGAGGUUGGAGAAGAUCCGUGA